UGCAAGCUGGACUUCCUGUCAAAGUUUUACUCCAAAUAUACCAAGGACCCUGAGACCUUCACAGCACACCACGAUAUUGCAGGAUGCAUCCACGACAUGGUUGCUGGUUCUGAUACCACAGCCAUUACAUUUUGUCUGCCUACCUUUGCAAGACUCCGGGCUGAGGUGGAUCAGGUGCGAGGAAACGUUGUUGUCUUCAAGGAAAGCCAAGAAUGGCCCUACUUGCAGGCAGUCAUGAAGGAAACACCUCGAAUACAUCCUGCAACCGGCCUUCCGCUGGAGAGGGUGGUACCGAAAGGCGGAGCGACUAUCUGUAAUCGUUUCCCUCCUCUUCUUUUUCCCUUCUGGGUGGAACAUCGCAACCCGCAAAUAUGGGGCGACGACGCGGACGAAUUCAAGCCCGAGAGGUGGUUAAUCGAUAACAGCGAAAGUCUCGCUUAUAUGAAUCGUCACUGGAUGCCUCUACGUGCCUUAUCCCUCUCACCUUAA